CAUCGAGUCCCUUUUGUUUUUUUCCCUCGUCCUCUACAUCGCGUCCGUGGGAAUUAAGCAGUGCACACAGACUGUGUGAACGGUAGAGAAGAGCUAGCAGCGACAAUGCUCACAGGGGAUAUACCUCCCAAUCAAACUAUUUACAUCAAGAAUCUUAACGAGAAGAUCAAGAAAGAAGAACUGAAGAGGUCUCUUUAUGCAUUAUUCUCUCAAUAUGGAAGAAUUUUGGAUGUUGUUGCCUUGAAGACACCAAAGCUUCGAGGACAAGCUUGGGUUGCGUUUAGUGAAGUCACAGCUGCUAGUAAUGCUGUGCGUCAGAUGCAAAACUUUCCAUUCUAUGAUAAACCAAUGCGGAUUCAAUAUGCAAAAACAAAGUCAGAUUGUGUUGCUAAAGCGGAAGGAAGCUAUGUUCCUAGAGAGAAGAAAAAGAAGCAAGAAGAAAAAGCUGAAAGAAAACGCCGCACUGAGGAAACACAGCAAUCUACUGUACCUAAUGGUACAAGUGCUCAAAAUGGGGCCACAGCUGCCUCUUUCCGCCAUGGGAACUCAAGUUCACAAGAAGCAUCAGCUCCAAAUAAUAUACUCUUUAUAGAGAAUUUGCCUCUUGAAACAAAUAGUAUGAUGCUGGAACUGCUCUUCCGACAGUACCCUGGAUUUAAGGAGGUUCGUAUUAUUGAAGCAAAGCCCGGUAUUGCCUUUGUAGAGUUUGAAGAUGAUGUUCAAUCAUCCAUGGCUAUGCAGGCCCUUCAAGGCUUCAAAAUCACCCCUCAAAACCCCAUGGCCAUCACUUUUGCCAAGAAGUAACAGAUCACUGAAAGAUUGUAUUAAUUUAUAAUUUGCGGGGAUAUGUAGCAGUUAAAGAGUUAUAUUCAUACAGUAGUCAUGUAUAUCCUCUAAAAAUUCUCCUUGCGGAAACAAUUUUCAUGUUUGGAUUGAAAUGAAAGUAAGAAGAGGGAAUGAAGGUACAUUUUGUUGUAGAGUGGUUUAGGAUGCUGAUCCUGUACUAUAUAUCUCGUUGUUCCAGGCAUUUUAAUUAGUAGUCAGUGAAACUAGGCCUUGGUUGUUCUAAUACUGGAAUUUUUUCCUUAUCAGUAUUAUAUUGCUUUUGACGAAA